ACCGAAAAAUAGUUUUAUUUAUAAUUUCAAAAAUAUAAUUUAGUUAAGUAUGUUAGCCCGGUUAUGAGACAGACUGUGUCAGCUACUAAGCUUAAGUAUAUACCUACUUAAUCAUGUAUAAAGGCUGGUCACCUGCCAUACAAUUUACCAGACAUGUUAUGUAAGAGAUUAGUGGCCUACAGAUUCCAUGUAUAGGUAUUAGGUAACUGUCUGAUAUAGGAAAUUGGCAAUCGGUAUUUAAUUCCUGUACAGAUAGCUGGAAGGGAGUCUUGGGUUUGGCACUCAAGCCGGCCGCUGGCCGAAAGGCUGACCACUACUUUAGGAUGUCAUAUUUUGUACAUAGUGUAUAUACAUGUAUUGGAUUAAUAAACUACAUAUGCAAAUGGAACAACUUAUAUUAUAUUGGCGCCGCGACCCAAGACGAAUCACCACUAUACGAUCACGACACAAAGAAAACGAUCAACGAUCAUUUAUGAGAUUAAACAAAUGCCGACUAUGAAGAAGAAGAAACAAAAAACCAGGCUCAAAUUUUGGUGAGGACUAAUUAUUCAAGUAUUUAUAUUAAUUGUCAACAGGAAUAAACUGUCCGUCGCUGUGCUGUUCCAUGUAUAUUCAUCAUUGUAUCCAGAGUUCCUGUUAUAUACUCCUCUUCCAGAAGAGACAUUGUUCAUACAUAACUGUUUUAUAUAACAUUUUUAUGGAGAGUUUGCCUAACGUGGUUUUAACACGGGGCGUAUUUUGUAAAUUGAACUCUACCAUAUUAGUACACAACAUAUUUUACGGAGAGGCAAACACCUGAAGCAGUAUUAAUGCCAGGAAGAAAAUGUCUACAUGUUUCCUCAUCCAGAUGUUCAUCACACACCACAUACCCGAUGUAAUAUUACGGACUAGAAAUACCUGCGGAUUAACGCUAGGAAGAAGUUUUCUAUAUUGUUUCAUAUCCAGAAUUCCAUCCUCAAGGUGUGAUACUACGGAUUUGAAAUACCUGUUCUAAGACCAGGAAAGAAGAUUUUAAUAACAUUUCUAUACCCGGAAAUUCAUCAAUAACCACUUAUAUCAAGGAACUUUCUGGAACAUUUUGUAUUUAUUUUUCUCAGCCUUAGUGUGCGAGAUAUAUCAUGCUUGUUAGAAAAGUUGGUUUUACAGCAGAAGCAAGCCCUCAUCAACUUCAUCACUUUGCCGCAGCACAUAUGAUGAACAUUUAUUUUCUUAAAAUUAAUUUGAACUUUGCCAUUCAAUAUCUUGGAACCAAUGGAUCCAACUACAUUUGAACAAUUCACGAUUUGUGUUAUUAGUGACUUCGAAUUACCGUUUCGGGACUUAAAUAUAUAUAUAUACUUCAAUGUUUUAUAGUAAGAUAUACAUAUUAUGUUUUAUUAUUGGUUACUAACGCCAUUGAAUAUAAAUACAGCUCUACAUAACAUGAUCAUGAUAAACCUGUUAAAAUUUGAACGUAUUAAUAACUACAUUCGUCAGCAAAAGAAUAUUUUUACAAGCUUUUCAUUUACAGUUAACGUACUACUGUUUUCAGUAUUUUAGUAAACCUUUUAUAUGAUUUACCUUAUUACUACAUAAUAGCUACUACAUAAUGCUAAUGAUACAGUUUUUAAGCAUCAGUUAAUUCAAUUUAUCUUAUUUACAAAAUCUUAUUUUUUGUUUUGUAGUCAUUAAUGGCUAUCUCAAAGGUUUUCACACUCAAAGCAAGGAUAGAUUUACAAUAUUAUAUAUUUGUUAUUCCUUUGUAAAUUAUGUUAUGACUUAUCCAUGAAUUGUGUUGUUACGAUAUAUCAUUAUUACCAUAAGAUUUCUUAGAAUGUUUACAUUUUUACAUUUACAUAUCAUUUUAUAUAUUUUAUGGCGAGUUUUGCCCACGUGGUUUAACACGGGGAUUAAUUAUUAUUGAAACUCGACCAUUUUAUAUGUCUGAGGCAGAGAAAGUGAUGCGGUUUUACGCACAUUAAUAUUAUUCUACUGUACUCGUAUGGCAUACACAACAUACAGUUUACAUCUACGGAUCAGAAACACCCGAUGCAAUUUUAAUGCCGGGACAAUAUUUGUCUUUGUUUCUAUAGUAUCCAGAUAUAAACACAUACUAUUACUCAACUAGGAAUUCUUUUGGUAAGCUUCAUUUCAUUAAUUAUUUUAGUGUCAGCCUAAUUGGAGUGCGACAUUCAUGACUUGGCUUUGUGUACGGUAGACGUCACAACAAGUAAUAUAUUUUUUUUUAUUUUCAUAUUUUCAUUUCGUAACAGCACAUGAAUGAUAUUUCAUAUCGUAUUUUUUUCCUCUUGUUUUUUUUAUAAAGUACUGAAAUAACUACAUUAAGCUUUGUUCUGCUAUAAUUCAUUUUAACAAUGUAGUACAUGCAAGUCUUCAAUAAGUUUUAGAUACUGCUUAUUAUUUUUAUGACAGAGGGACGAAUGUACCCAUGUACCCAUAUUAUUAAUUAAUCAUGAUGCCGAAAUUAUGAUCUAAUUUGCCAUCAAUUAUUACAGAGGGACGAAUGUACCGAAAAAUAGUUUUAUUUAUAAUUUCAAAAAUAUAAUUUAGUUAAGUAUGUUAGCCCGGUUAUGAGACAGACUGUGUCAGCUACUAAGCUUAAGUAUAUACCUACUUAAUCAUGUAUAAAGGCUGGUCACCUGCCAUACAAUUUACCAGACAUGUUAUGUAAGAGAUUAGUGGCCUACAGUUUCCAUGUAUAGGUAUUAGGUAACUGUCUGAUAUAGGAAAUUGGCAAUCGGUAUUUAAUUCCUGUACAGAUAGCUGGAAGGGAGUCUUGGGUUUGGCACUCAAGCCGGCCGCUGGCCGAAAGGCUGACCACUACUUUAGGAUGUCAUAUUUUGUACAUAGUGUAUAAACAUGUAUUGGAUUAAUAAACUACAUAUGCAAAUGGAACAACUUAUAUUAUAAAUCGCAACUUCUCGUACAAUUCCGUCAAAGCUCGGAAUCAUAUCUCGAACGUAGGCCGCAUUCGGUAUCGUCUGGUGUUAACGGUCAGACCGAGGUGUACCGAAGAAACAAGAUGUCAGCGCCCAUGCGGCUAUGGAUACGCCAAGGAAAAACAUAUAGUCAGUACAACAGAAUUUGCUAUGCCUGCCGUGUUGAUUACUCACACGUCUGAACAAGGUCCAUCUAACUCUAACAGAGGAUUCCAAACGAAAUAUCAUUGACAGUUUCGGCAAAGAAAGUGAAAGUGGUCUCCUUGAACAGUUGGCACAUGGUCAUGAUGGAAAGCUCAAUGGUGACAAUCUAGACAUCAGGGUCAACACCAACGAUGUGAGGAUGAACAAUCAUGACAAGGACUAUCAUUUCUUUGCUACCGAUUUUACCUUGGAUCGCGUUGAAUUGAAAGGACUAAAUACAGAAACUCCCCAAGUUGGUGAUGUGCCGGUCACUUGUUUUAUUCCUUCUGACAACGAGAAAGACCUGUUCAAAAACACUUUGAAAAUCCUUUUGGCAAGGGAAAUGGUAACUGUUCCUGGAUUUGAGUGGAUGAACAGCAUACUACCAGAUCACAUUCCACACGAACUUGAAGAUGACAUGGCCAAGAAAUCUGAGAUAUUUCUCCUUCCAGUAUCCCUAAACAACGAGAUUUCAUACUCUGACUGUGUUCACAUCCUGGAUGAGUACACCGAGAUAACCAACCACUGGUAUUCAGCAGCUGGCAGAGGAGGUGAAUUGGAUAAUCUCCAGAUUCCAGUAGGUGGUGAUCAGCUGACAAGAGUCCGAUUACAAGGUGCUAAAGGAUUGAGAGCAGGAGCACGAACAGCAGAGCAGAGGUUUGAAAGGCUCUAUCCAAUGGUGGUGGAAAUGUGUCAUGUACUUCAAGAUUUCUUGGAGAAGCUGUGCAAGAAAUUCCUGAAUUUGUCUAAAGGACGGGAUGCAGGAACCUUAGCCAAUAUGAAGUGCCAGAUUCAACGGUCCAAUGUAAAUGGGAAAGUUAAGAGUCGAUUCAAAGCACAUGAAGACUUUGUGCUGACAUGUGGCCACAGCUAUUUCAUUGCCUACAUCAUGAAGCAUUUCAACAUCACAGAUGGGAAACCAAUGCACCAUGCCCUUCCUGACAAGAUCCGCAGCUUCAUCAAUGCCAAGAAGAGAGAAGUUUUUAACAACAUUAUGGAUGAAGUUGUGGCAGAGAUAUUCAUACCAUUUGAGCUGGAGGAACCAAUCACGGAUGAGAUGCACAUCCAGAUAUCCAUCAUGACGCAGCCACCAGUAGUAUUCACAACUGUGGCACGCCCCGACAAUGGUACUGUGAAUGUAGUGUUGGAUGUUGCAGGAAAAAAGGUAAUUGUGUCUCUCAAAGUGGACACACUACUUCAUGGAUGUCGUGUUAACAUACCAGGAGUGACUGCACCCAUCAAGUUCGUGACAUUUAAACCACCGAAACUUGAGGAUGAUCUCAACAACUAUGUGGUGAAUUUCAUGCAGUGGUAUUUUAUUAUUCUGCAAAUGAAAGAUGCUUUGCACGAGGGAGACAUAUACAGAAUCAAUGUCAUUCUCAAGCAGAUGAUUCCAUUUUUCUACAGUCAUUCUGCUAUGUCGAAAUAUCUAACUGAGUGCAUAGACUAUAUCUUAAAAACAGAACACACUCUAUCACAACAAAUGUCAAUGAAAGUAAGGGCAGCUUCUGUUGUAAAUCCGACCGGUGGUAUUGGAAAUAAUAAGGCUGCAGACCUUCAAAAGGAAAAUGAAGUCAAGUAUUUGAAGGAACUUAUUCGUGGCCUGGGUGCUAACAAAACCGAGAAGGCUAUUGUUAAUGUCACCAGGGCAGCACCAGUAAUAGCGAGUGUGUGUGAUGCCUUUGACGAGCAGACAAAGGUAAAGAACCUGAAGUCAACACACAAGGUCCGUAGUAGGUCAGAUGACACAAGUGCUCUGUUGAAAACACUACAGAAAUUGGAUAUUUGGAGUAUUCAUGGUGGACGUCAGUUGCAACAGAAAGUCAAGCGUUCUCCAUUCGAUUUUCACAGAAGUCAUUUCAAAGGCAUCAUUAAAAACACUAUAAAGAGGUUGUUAAGAGAUCUGCCUGCUAUCCAUGAGGACAGUGAUGAUGAAUAGUCAAUCUGUUGCGGGUUUUAGUCAUACACGAAUGUAGAUUGUUCAGUAAAUGGUUUUUUUGGUGAUCAUUUGAGAAAAUAUCCAACCAAUUUUAAUAACAUUUUCUUAUAGGAGACAAGUAAAAUUUCAGGGUUUUGACGUCAUUAUUCGCAAUAACAGAUACAUCAUAUUUAUCCAACAAUAAGCCCAUACCGUGUAAUAAGCCCACCCAUGUGAAAUACAUUUCAGUAGAAAUGCUUACAAGUGCUAUUUCAUUGUAUUGUAAUAAGCCCACCCCCUACUUUGAGUCAAGAGUUUAGGUGUUGGACCCCUGGGAUUAUUGCAGGAUAAAUAUGGUAUGCAUAUACACUAUAUAUACAAUAAUGUAUAUAUGUAUUGUAAUGUCAGGAUGCAAAAUUUCAGAGGAAAAUAAUUGCCAAAAAGUCUAUUGAUCAAACAAGCUGGACAGAGAGUAAAGGCUAACAGCAUUACUGUUUAGCUCUAUAGUUCAUCACUAUCAUCCUAAAAUAGGAUAAGUGUACAUGUUUUUUUCCUUACUAUGUACAGUGUAUAGGUUACAUCUAUUGAAGUGUUCAGCUGCUGUUCAGUCCCAU